GCCAGUUGGGACUCUUUGCACCUCUGGGUUGUAGUGCGUGCUUCUGUUGUCGCGUGGAGUGUGUUGCUUCUGUGCGUGAACACCGUGUGCCCUUAUGCCUGAUCGAUACAAAGCCUUUUAGCGAGCCUUAAUUCCCCAUAGCACUGUCCUCCUCUUGGUCAGAUCCAGCGUUCGCCUCCUGGUCACAACAACAGCUGGGAUGUACGAGUGAAGAGAGACCCGCGCCCGCUUGGACCGCAGUGCCCACAGGGGUACGCAGACAUGGACAGGAUAGGGGUGUCGUUCCUGGACCCUCUGGAUGACUAUGAACUCAUCCACCGUAUCGGCUGCGGCACCUAUGGUGAUGUUUUCAAGGCUCGUAACAUCAGGACAUCUGAACUGGCUGCAAUCAAGAUUGUCAAACUGGACCCAGGGGAUGACAUCACCUCCAUCCAGCAGGAGAUCACCAUGAUGAAGGAGUGCAAACACAAAAACAUUGUAGCCUAUUUUGGCAGCUACCACAGGAACACAAAAUUGUGGAUUUGCAUGGAGUACUGCGGAGGAGGAUCCCUACAAGAUAUUUACCAUUUGACAGGUCCAUUAAAAGAGAAGCAGAUAGCUUUUGUGUGCCGAGAAACUCUUCAGGGCUUGUAUCAUCUUCAUGAAACUGGCAAAAUGCACCGAGACAUCAAGGGUGCCAACAUCCUUCUAACAGAACGCGGAGAUGUCAAACUGGCUGACUUUGGAGUAGCUGCGGAGAUCAGUGCUUCUGUCGCCAAGAGAAAGUCUUUUAUAGGAACACCAUACUGGAUGGCUCCAGAGGUGGCAGCUGUGGAGAAGAAGGGUGGGUACAACCACUUAUGUGACAUCUGGGCCGUGGGCAUCACAGCCAUCGAGCUGGCAGAGCUGCAGCCUCCCAUGUUUGACCUACACCCAAUGAGAGCUCUGAUGUUGAUGUCUAAGAGCAACUUCCAGCCUCCAAAACUAAAAGACAAAACAAAAUGGUCGUCAGGGUUCCAAAGCUUUGUGAAGAUGGCCCUCAUAAAAAACCCACGGAAAAGGCCAUCAGCUGAGACUCUGCUGCAGCAUCCCUUUGUGACCCAACUGUUGACGAGGAACCUGAUUAUUGAGCUGCUAGACUUGGCCAGUAAUCCUGAGCUCUUCAACAGCCACUCCCACAGCCUGGAUGAGAAUGAUUUGGAGGUCGAAGAAGAGGCUCCAGACAAGAUCCAGUCAGCGGGGAAGCACCUGGCCGUGGAGAGAACCUUGUCUGAGGAACAAUUUGACCAGGUGAAAUUCAGGCCUCCUUUACGGAAAGUGACAGAGCCUUAUCCUGAUUUGCAGGGUUCCUAUGAUGACGACUGGAGUCUGUCUGGAGAUGAGGAUAAUUCACCGAGCCUUCUGGAAUGUGUGGAGCAAGCUCUGCAGCUGAGGAGUUUAACAAUUAAGAGAGUGCCCUCUACUGACGCUGGGAGGAAGAGUAGUGUGUUCAGCCCCACCACAGCCUCCCUGCCGGCCUUCAGCUCUCUGUCCACACACACAGGUGAUCAGGACCUGACCCUCAGACCCAGCUGUACCCUGGGCCCUGACACAGCUAUAGACAACGAUUGCCACUCUUCACCAGGUUUGUCGCGGUGCUCUGCCACACAGGACAUCCGACAGCGCUGCAGUGACCCAUGCCUGCCUGGAGGGGAUGCUCUACCCAAGGAAAAGAAGCCAAUUGCAGUUUCACCUCCAAAAAGAGAAACCCCUCUUUCACCAGAAUGGAGCACAUUAAGGAAAAAGGCUGAGGACUCUAUGGGAGCGUGUUUCUCUAAAGUUUUCAAUGGAUGUCCACUUAAAAUAAAUUGUGCUGUUACCUGGAUUUUCCCUAAAACAAGAGACCAGUAUCUUAUACUCGGAGCGGAGGAAGGGAUUUACACAUUGAACCUAAAUGAACUUCAUGAAGAUACACUAGAGAAGUUGCUGCCACAGAGAUGCACAUGGCUUUAUGUUAUGAACAAUGUGCUAAUGACUGUUUCUGGGAAAUCCUCACAGCUCUGCUCCCACAGUCUGACAGGUCUGUUUGAACACAAAGGCACAGAGAGUGUGCACAAGAGGCCCAGCACCCUGUCACUCAGCACCAACCGCUUUACUGAGAGAAUCAGCCACAGAAAGUUUGCUGUGUCGGGAAAGAUCCCUGACACUAAAGGCUGCAGGAGGUGUAGUGUAGCCAGAAACCCUUAUACAGACAGCACUUUUCUGUGUGCGGCUGUGCCCUCUGGUCUAGUCCUGCUCCUGUGGUAUGAGCCUCUGCAGAAGUUCAUGCAUCUUAAGCAUAUAGCUGUAAAGCUGCCUGACAGUCUGCCUGUAUUUGAGCUGCUGGUGGUGGUCACAGAUGAAUUUCCUCAGCUCUGUGUUGGAGUGAGAGACUUCAGUAAUGGGAAAAGUGGUCAGGAACUCAUGUUUGACAUCAUAGAGCUCAAUGGUGCUCCUAUCUCUAUACCAGACAGUGGUGCACUUAAGGCUGGACAGGUGACCCAGCUUGACAGAGACACAGUUCUUAUUGCAUUAGAAAAGAUGGUUAAGAUUGUCAACUUGAAAGGACAACCAUCCAAAGAGCUAUCUGCGGAAAUGCUAUUUGACUUCUCCAUUGAAACUCUAGUUUGCUUACAAGAUAGUGUUUUGGCUUUCUGGAAACAUGGUCUCAAAGGGAAGAGCUUUCAUUCUGGUGAAGUGACACAAGAGAUUACAGAUGAGAGCCGGUCUUUCAGAGUCCUGGGAACAAACAGGGACAUUAUUCUUCAAAGCACACCAACUGAUGACCCCUCAGCGCUGAGCAACCUCUACAUAUUAACCGGACAUGAAAGUAGCUACUAACUGUUGGGAAUUACCAAGAACUUAAUGUUUAUUGCACUCCAUGUUGUAAAUCUGUGGUAGACACCAGCAAAUGCCAAGACAUGCCAUCCCGGACUCUAAUGAAAUGAAAGCCAAUGGCUGAAGCUGCUUCUCAUGGCCCAGUUACAACAACCACUGUAAAUAUUUCAGAGCUUGAAUGGACAUUUGGAACUAACAAUAUAAUGUGUGAACCUAUAGCAUUCAUGGUAUGCAAGAGAAAUGAUAACUUUCUAAAGAGAAGUUUUUUUCUUCAGCAAUAAUGUCUGUACUUUUACUAAGCACAGAACACACCUCUGUACUUUAUAAAGGCUGUUAGGUUUGUUAAAAAACCUUAAAGAAACAUGGACUGUAUUUUUUUUUUUACAGGGGGCAUGAUAUUUCAUAACAAGGAUAUCUAUAUCCACAGACUGAGAGACAACAAUGUAUCAGAUUAAUAAACCCACUGUUACAAAUAACUUAAAUGAAUGUAUGUUAUAGCCUAUGUAAAAUGGCCUUUUGUUAGAGGCAACAUUCUUGAGUGUUACCGGAGUGUCAGUGCAUUUUGUUUGUUUAAAGGGAGACUAUUACUUUACUUUAUAAUAUAUUCUGAAUUGUUCAGUGGAAGUAAUCCCUCGAAUUUUCCCUCCCUAUCUGCAGGAUUUUAAAUUACCACUAGAUGGAGGCCUGAAUCACAGUGUGCCACAAAAUUGUAAAGUAGAUCUUUUAGCUUAAUAUUAACCUAUCAUCACUACAGAUCAUACUUGUAUUUAUUUAUUUAUAAAUAAAAGCAGAUGUUAUUACAGUUGUCCACACCAUAAAUGCUUUACAUUACAAUAAUUGUUAAAAUAAUUUUUAAUGAAAAGCAACAAAAGUUUAAAAAUAGCCAAAAAACAAAUGUUUUUGAUUUUUUUUUUUUUCGACUGCCAUAUAUAUAUAUAUAUAUAAAACUUCGUAAAGACUAAGGCUAUGUUUCAAGAAGCAGGGUUAGUCCAACCUCAGGAUAUGUUAACCCUGAAAAGAGUUCAACCCAGAGUUUUCAGUUUCAAAGACGGUCAGCACAGUAAUUCACUCUCUGAACCUAACCUGGUCCAGAGCAGUAGUUAUUCCUCUAACCCUGACCUUAACCAGAGUCUGCUCCUGAAAGAGAGCUCUGAUUGGACAGUUCACUUGCCCAGUCACAGAAGUAGGAAGAGUUAAAUCAAGGUUUAAUGAUG